CUGAGUUUACAAAUAUUAUUCCAAAUACCACAGUGAAAGACAGAGAAACAAGUUCCUCUCCCUAUCAAACAUAUUAUAGGUCAAUUGAAAAUGAGAGGAGCAAGAAACAUACAGCCAGGCUGCAAAACAAACUUGACAUUUCAAUCUCCUGUAACGUCUCCAAACUCUCAGGUGUCUCAUCUGUAAACAGUAUAAUGUCUAGUCAUUUGUGUACACAUAACUUUUCCAGAAAUCUAACAACAUCAGGAACUGAACUGUCUUGUGCCAAAGACGCCAUUGGAGAGUCCUCAAUACGUGACAAGCAGAAAGUGGGAAAUUUUAAUAUUUCUAACAAUCUUCAGUCAUCUACUAUGGAAGAGCACAUUCUUCCUUCAUCAGUGUUACAAGAUAAUGGCUGCCAGAAACAAUCUGAAUCAAAUGUGUCUAUUUCCACAACUCUCCUUCCACUUACAGUAAAGUGCACAACAGAUAAGGCUCACACUUUGGAUGAACUCAGUACAAAUGGAUUCCACACAGGAAGUGAAACAUCCACAUACGAAGUACAAAAAGAAAUUCAGCAGCAUGCCCCUCCAAAUGAAGAAGAAAAGUGUUCUGAUCACAUUCCUUUUGACAGCAAGCAAGUUUAUGAACAUGUCAGACAAUCAAGUGAUAUGCUAAGUUCCAUGACCAAAGAAAUUUCACACAAUGAAGAAGUUGCAGGAAAGGAGUCUUAUAAUAUUGAAGAACCACAAAAGCCUGAACAACAAAUUUUUAUCAGUUCGUAUUACCUUGGUUAUCCAAAUACAACAUGCAACCCACAGCUUCUUUUACAGAAAGAAUGUGUUAAAAUAUAUGAAAUAUACAAUGACUGUAAGCCAAUGAACGAAUCAUUAAACGCAGAAGAAAGUGGUGAAAGCAUAACAGAAUAUGACAAGGGAAUCAAUACGGAUUCAGGAAUCUGUGAAAAUGUGUAUGAAGAAUGCGAUCCAUGUCUGUGGAAGUACAAUGUGAAUAUUUCAGACAGCGGUGUACUUCGACACUACAAAAACGUCCCAUUGUACCAGGCAUACAAUUUUGGAACAGUAAAACAUUCAAACGCUAAAGUAGAAGAAAACAUCUACACAGAAACAGAACACAUAUACGAGGAAAUUAAUUUUUGCCUGAAACCCAAAACACAACGCAACGAAACAGAAGUUUCAGUUGCCGACAUGGAAAUGAAAAGACCUUCUGGCAGCAGUCAACGUGGGCUCUGGGUUGAUAUCAAAGAAGUUAUCGACUCUGGUUUGCUAGACAAGUUGGAUGCCAACCAGAUAGCUCUACAUGAAGCAAAGUAUGAGAUAAUCACAUCUGAAGCAUCGUACUAUAAGUCUCUUCUCAUCCUAGACACUGUGUUCAUAACAAGCAAGGAACUUACGGACAGAUCAGUCUUACCAGAGAAAGACUAUAAUACUAUAUUCUCAAGCAUUAAAAAAGUGAAGCAAUGCUCAAAGAAAUUUCUGGAAGUUCUUUUACGUGGCUGGCAGGAAGAUCUGAAACUAGGCUACCUGUGUCAAACAAUUACCAAAUUUGUUUACCUUGGUUAUUUCCAAGACUAUGUCAACUGCUGCGCUAGUCAGAUAUACAUACAUGAAACACUGCAACAUCUCAAGUUAACAAACCCCAAAUUUUCUAGCGCACUGUCAAAGUUACAAGCAGACCCCGUCUGUCAGAUGUUCUUACUAGAGACAUUCCUUAUUCUGCCAAUGCAGAGAGUGACAAGACUACCACUAUUGGUGGAGGCAAUACUCAGACGUCUUUCUUCGGAUCACAUCGAGCACAGCGUCUGGUCCAAAGUACUCAUUCAGUUUCAGAAGAUCGUAAAAGAUUGUAACGAAGCUGCCGGCAGAGCCCAAACACUGGCAACAAAUGACAGUACUCUUCAUGUGCAGCCAAAUAAUACGACACAAACUCUGAACAGGAAGCAACUAUCUCAAGAGAAGAAAAAACAGCCAGCCAUUUGGAACAUAUUUGGAAUAAGGAGACAGAAAAUAAUUUGAUGCUUAAUUAUGAAUAUAUGUGAGAAUAUAAUUAUGAACAAAGAUAAAAACAUUCAUUUAUGCAGAAAGACACCUAUCUUCAUAUUAAAAAUGGAAUUAAUUCACUUGGUUAUUUAUCAUUCAUUCAUUCUGAAGAUAAUGUAAAAAACAGACCAGAUCCUCCCUCUACA